AUGUCUGGCCCCAAUACGGCCCCGUCUGGCCCCGCUACGGCCCCGUCUGGCCCCUUUACGGCCCCCUUUAGGCCCCUCUGCGGCCCCGUCGCCACCUGCGGCCCCGUCGCUACCUGCGGCCCCGCCGCCACCUGCGGCCCCGUCGCCACCUGCGGCCCCGCCACCACCUUCGGCCCUGUCACCACCUGCGACCUCGCCGCCACCUGCGGCCCCGCCGCCCAGCGCCCGAACCGCCGAGCAGCUGAGCCACCAGACCGCCGAGCCGCUCAGCCGCCAAGCCGCCCAGCAGCCGAGCCGUACCGCAGCCGAGCCGCCGAACCGCCGAGUCGCCCAGCAGCCGAGCCGCCUGACCGCCGAGCCGCCAAGCCGCCGAGCUGCCGAGCUGCUCGACCGCCUCACUUGCCUGUGCACUUUGAGGUCUGGGUAGAUGAUUUGCAGCUUUUCCUGCACUGCAAUAGGGCAGACGGCCUCUCCCUGUUUGACCUCACUUCUGGUGCCUCUGCUUACCCUGUUGCUGAUGCUGGCGCCACUGUUUGCUCACAGUGGGCCAAGCGCGAUGCUGCUGCUCGCCUUGCUGUGCGCUGCCACUUACCGACGUCUGAGCGUGCACACUUUAGCCAGUACAAGAGUGCUCAGACCUUGUACGACGCUGUAGUUGCACGCUACUCAUCCCCUGCCACUGCUGCACUGAGCCGCCUCAUGCUACCGUACCUCUUCCCUGACCUUGCUACCUUUCCCACUGUCGCUGACCUCAUUAAGCACCUCCGCACUAGUGACGCUCGCUACCGCGCUGCGCUUCCUGCUGAUUUCUGCGCCAAGAACCCCCCCCCAUGUCCAUCACACUCUACUAUAUAG